GCAGGCUGCUGCCUGGCACACUUGGUGAAAUGAGCAGCAAGGUUCAUGAGCCAAGAAAUACAGCAGGGAUGCCCCCAGAGGUGCCCUCUAACCUUAUGAAGUUUAAGGGGUCAGCAGGCAGGCCAGCCCCCACGCUGGCUGAUGCCAAGGGGCUGUGCCAGGGCUCGGUGCUGGUGGCCAUGGGGAGCCCCACAGCUGCUGAGGGAAGACAGCAGCUCACACCGAGGGCGAGAUGCCCCAACAGGCACCAGCACACUGCCAGGAGGAUAUUUGGGUCUGACCUUGGUCUGCCCUGGCUGCUGGCACCCACAAUGACCUCUCAUGGACAUCCGGCAGAGGUGCCUCCACUAAUUACAACCCUUCUUCACACUCAUUUAUUACAAGCGCAGAGCCUCGUAGCUAAUGUGACUCAUGUAAUGGAUGAGUUAGAAGGUGGGUGUGAGCUCCUCUUUUGCUCCGUUAAAGGCAUAGCUAAAAGACUUUUCCCAGGUAAAUAUAGUGGGACCUUAGCUAUUUCCCAGCAAGCACAGUGCCUGAGUGGUGAUGUCCCCGAGCAGGGACACCCAGAGCAGGCUGUCCGGGGCCAUGCUGAAGAUCUCCAAGGAGGCCACGCUCCUCUCCAGGCUAAAGCUUCGGUGGCAUUUUCAUGGGCAACUUUCAGCCAGGUAGCAGAGAACCAAAACAGGCAAUAACUGCAUCAGAAGGAGAAUGAGGAGAAAGCACAUGUUGGUGGCGUGUAGGGGGGUCAGAACACCCGAAUUACCAGGUAAUUAUCUUCUU